AUGGAGAUUCCAAGAAUUUUCUGGGUUCUAUUGAUGCUUGAAGUAGCUUUCAUUACCUUUUUAAUAUCACCAGUAGGUGGCCAGAAUGCUAGUGCUGUAAAGGUUGAUGUUGGUGUGAUUCUUGAUUGGGACACCAUAUCUGGAAAGAUGAGGAAUGCAUGCGUGUCACUAUCUCUGUCUGAUUUCUAUGCCAAUCGCAAUCACACCACCCAGAUUGUCCCUCAUUUCAGAGACUCCAAGUCUGAUGAUGUUGAAGCAGCAUCUGCAGCCAUAGACCUGCUGAAAAAUGCUGAAGUACAAGCAAUCUUAGGCCCUCAGGCGUCGACGGAAGCAGAUUUCAUUACAGACAUAGGGAUGAAAGUGAAAGUUCCUAUAAUUUCUUCAGCCACAAGUCCUGCUCUUUCACCAACCCAAAAUCCAUACUUUGUUAGAGUAGCGUACUGCUCUUGCUGGCAGGCUAAGGCAAUUGCAGCAAUUGUUAAGGCCUUUGGAUGGAGGGAAGUGGUAUUUAUCUAUGAAAAUAGCAAUUUUGGUAGUGGAAUUCUUCCCCAUUUGACUGAUGCCAUGAUGGAAAUCAGUGUUUCAGUACCAGAUCGAAGUGUCUUUUCGCCAUCAGCUGAUGAUGAUCAGAUCAUGGUGGAGCUAUUUAAGUUAAAGACAAAGCAGACACGAGUGUUCAUAGUCCAUUUGCGUCAUACUUUUGCUUCUAAAUUUUUUAAGAAGGUAAAAGAAGCUGGAAUGAUGAGCAGUGGAUAUGUGUGGAUAAUCACAGAUACAUUCACUAGUCUUUUGGUUUCAAUGGAUCCCUCGGUUCUUGAUUCUUUGCAGGGGGUUAUAGGCGUGAAGCCUUACGUCCCAAGUUCACCUGAGCUAGAUAGCUUCACCAGGAGAUGGAAAUCAAAGACGUUUCGUCAACAACAUCCAGACAUGGAUGGAGUGGAGCUCAAUGUUUUGGGGCUAUGGGCAUAUGAUAGUGUCACAGCAUUAGCCACAGCACUUGAGAAAGUAGGCACUUCUGCUCUGAAAUUCAACAGAAGAAUUAAUAGGGAGGAUUCAACAGAUUUGGAUGCAAUUGGGACAUCAGAAUUUGGGCCUUUGCUACUUGAAUCAAUACAAAACAUCAAACUCAGAGGUCUAAGUGGUGAUUUUCACCUAGUUGAUGGAGAACUGCAACCCUCUGCAUUUCAGAUUGUGAAUGUGGAAGGCAGAGAGAAAGGGAUUGGAUUCUGGACAGAAAGGUAUGGGAUUUCAAAGAAUCCAAACCCAGAUGAUACAACUGUGUACUCUGCUAACAAAGGUGACCUUGGGGAAAUCAUGUGGCCAGGUUACUCUUCUGCUAUUCCUAUAGGCUGGGAGAUUCCCACGGGUGAAAAGAAAAUAAGGGUCGGAAUUCCUUUCAAAGCAGGGUUUGAGCAAUUCGUAAAAGUCACAAUUGAUAACCAGACAAACACUGUGAAAGAGGUAACUGGUUUUUGUAUAGAGGUCUUUGAGAAAGUAAUGGGGUCUAAGUCUAUGCCCCAUUUUAUACCAUUUGAAUAUAUACCUUGCAAAGUCUCUCCAGGAGGAAACAUUUCAAACUAUAAUGACUUGGUUGAUGAGGUCUUUAAAGGGAGAAUUGAUGCAGUAGUUGGUGAUGUUACCAUUCUAUCAAACCGGUCCGAGCGUGUGGAUUUCACAUUACCAUUUACAGAGUCUGGGGUCACCCUAGUUGUCCCAGUCAAGCAAGAUGGUUGUUCAUGGGUUUUCUUGAAACCUCUGGAAAAAAAACUCUGGAUGAUGAUUGCAGUGUUCUUUGUCUUGAUUGGCACUGUGGUUUGGGUCUUUGAACACCCUGUAAACCCAGACUUCAAAGGUUCAACCCAAAAGCAACUUGGGAUGAUCCUUUGGAUCCCCCUCUCAAGUCUUAUUUUUCCAGACAAGAAGAAGGUAAGAAGCAAUCUGUCAAGAUUUGUGAUGAUAGUAUGGAUGUUGAUGGUGCUGAUUCUGAUAGCUAGCUACACAGCUAGUUUUGCAUCCUUGUUGACAGUGCAACAGUUGCAGCCUACUGUGACUGAUGUUAAAGAUCUGAUCAAGAAUGGAAAGUAUGUUGGAUGCCAGAAUAGUUCCUUUGUUGCUGGCAAGUUAAAGAAUGUGUUUGGAACCAACAAAAUUAGGUAUUACAGCACACCAGAAGAGUAUGAUGAAGCACUUAGUAAAGGAAGUGAAAAUGGUGGGGUUGAUGCUGUUAUGGAUGAGCUGCCCUAUCUUAGGCUCUUGCUUCGAAAGUAUCGUCGGAAGUACACCACUGUUGGCCCGACCUACCAUACCGCGGGUUUUGGAUUUGCAUUUCCCAAGGGGUCUCCUUUGGUGCCUGAUGUCUCAAGAGCAAUAUUACAUGUGACAGAGAGUGAUGAUAUGAUGAAAACAGUGGAAAAAUGGUUUGGGGAUGAAACAUAUCGUUCACAGCUGCAAGAUAUAAGCUUGAAUGAUCCUGAGAGCCUGCCACUGAACAGAUUCAAAGAGCUGUUCAUUAUUGCUGCUGUGUUGAUAUUAACUGCUCUUAUCAUCUUCUUCAUCUCCUUCAUAGAUGAGAACAAGGGCAUCUUAACACCUGACAUGUCAAUCUGGCAAAAGAUUUCUGCAUUAUCAAAAGUUUUCUUUAAAAAAGAGGAGCCCCAAAAGGCGAAUGAAUUGAAGAAUCCUCCCCGCCCGGAGUUGGAAAUGGCUGAAAAUCAUCUCCACCAUUCUCCAGGACAAGGCGUUCUCACCCAGCCAGUUCAAGAAUCAUGA